AAUCCCACUGACUGGCCCAUUAGCCACUCAGAUUCAUCUCAGGUCUGUUUGUUUUGAUAGGAACGACACCAUGACGCAGAUGAAUGUCUCCCUCUGUUAUGAUUCCAUUAGCAGAGCCAGUGUCCUUUUCCUAUACGCUCUACGGCUCACGGCCUCUGCGGUUUCACUCGGACUGGUCUGCCCAGAGAACCGCCGGCCUCUACCCAGAGAGAGCCUUCCCCGCAUGGGGACACGUCUGGAUGACCCCCUGGUAUGCUGGAGGAGCCAGACCCAGGAGAUAAAGAGCGAAUAUAAAGACAAAUCAAAUGCAACCAAAAGGAAAUUUUAUGAUCUCACCAGAGGUGUUAUUUUAGACAUUCAUCAUGGCAGAGCCGGCAAAAAAGAAGCAGAGAAACCGCUGUUGGAGGAAGUGAGGAAGAGGAAGCAACUGUUUGACCAAGCGAGGGGUCUCACACGAGUAAGGAUCGGACCAGCUUUUUUUGAAUGAUCAUCAGGUAAUGUAUUUUUGCUGUCCAUUUGUUUUGAGUUGCAGGGAAGAGUUUUCUUGCCAGGAGUUUUCAUUGCCAGCAGGGUCGUCUGCUUCUCUCCUGACUCCCUGUUAGCUACUUUAUUGUGCUGGUUGGCUGACUGACUCUGGCUCAUUAUGAGCAGGUGACAAGGACAAGAUGAAGACGGAGAGCAGAGCGAGGCACGGCUGUUUUACUUACAGAGCACUUUUUAUACGCAAGGGCAGAUUCAAGUACGUAAGGUCUGUUUUCAGUGCCUGCGCUUCCUCUGGCCAUGACCUACCUGAAGAACAUGUUCCCCAACAGUUUAAGGAGUAAAUCAUGGAGAGGAGAUCAAGUGUCAGUGAAGUUAGCUCACACUUCAUCACCGCUACGUCCUUUUUAUUCCCCACACGUCGGCCACGGUCUGGCUCUGAAGGAAACGACAUAAGUUAUGGACAGGACUUUAAACGAGUUUCCAGAGCAGCUGCAUCGUAAUCAACUGAAGAAGUGAAAGAGAAGAAGCAGAAACCAGCAGAACUGUCCAGGAUUCAUUGGGUGGUGUUUUGGGUUUGGGUCAGUUAAACACCCAGGCUGGACGUGCCUCUCCUCCCCUGGACCACAAUGGGUUCAGACAUACGUGACCUGAACUCCCUGCUGACCCCGCUCCCACCGGGCCCCAGCCCCGGCUGCCCGGCGCUGCCCGUCAGCACGGCCCCACAGUGGGCUCCCGUCCUGGACUUUCACACCACGCCGUCCCCUUACUCCUCCCUGGCCGCCCCCCACAGCUCCCUGGGCUCCCACUCCUUCAUCAAGCAGGAGCCCAGCUGGGGAGCCACCAGUGACCCCCACCACCACGAGGCUGACCCCCACUGUGGCCUCAGCGCCUUCACCGUCCACUUCUCGGGACAGUUCACGGGCACUGGGGCCUGCAGGUAUGGGGCGGCUUUUGGGGCUCCACCGGCACCCAACCAACCCCAACCUGUGACUGCUCCACAUCACCACCAGCCCCCCAGCAGGAUGUUCAGCAACCCACCUUACCUGACCAACUGCAUGGACACGGCGCAGCAGGUGGCCCGCAACCAGACAGGUUACAGUGCAGUUGCAUUUGAUGGAGCCGGUAAUUACGGUCACACUCCCACACACCACAGCUCCCAGUUCUCCAACCACUCCUUCAAACAUGAAGACGCUCUAACUCAGCAGAAUACCAUGAGUGAGCAGCAGUAUCCUGUACCUCCUCCUGUUUAUGGAUGUCACACACCUUCAGACAGCUGUACAGGCAGCCAGGCUCUGCUGCUGAGGAACCCAUACAACAGCGGAGACAAUUUAUAUCAAAUGACCUCUCAGUUGGAGUGUGUGGCAUGGAAUCCUGUCAAUACACUGGCCUCCGCCAUAAAGAGCCACACAGCAGGCUACGACAGUGACCCCAACCCCAUGGUGUACAGCUGCAGCACGCAGUACCGCAUCCACACACACGGAGUCAUCAGGGGCAUUCAGGAUGUGAGGCGGGUGCCCAGCAUCGCUCCAGCCAUCGUGCGGUCAGAAACCAGUGAGAAGCGUCCGUUCAUGUGCGCUUACCCCGGCUGCAACAAACGCUACUUCAAGCUGUCUCACCUGCAGAUGCACAGUCGCAAACACACAGGGGAGAAACCGUACCAGUGUGAGGUUGUAGACUGUGGCCGGAGGUUUUCCCGCUCAGACCAGCUCAAACGACACCAGAGGAGACACACAGGAGUUAAACCCUUCGAAUGCGAGACGUGUCAGAGAAAGUUCUCUCGGUCUGACCACCUUAAGACACACACCCGGACUCAUACAGGUAAAACAAGUGAGAAGCCAUUUAACUGUCGGUGGCCAAACUGUCAGAAGAAGUUUGCCCGGAGUGACGAGCUGGUGCGACACCACAACAUGCACCAGAGGAACAUCACCAAGCUGCAGCUGACCAUCUGAGUCCACGUCCCCUCUGUUUGACAACAUCUGCUCAUGUUCCCGACGACCUUUGAACCCUGCAAAAAUCAAUCUUAAAUUCUAAUAACUAGAUUCCACGCUCUUCACCCCGCAGAGACAUCUCUGCGUUAAACACAGUACGACUGUGAAACUGUGCCGUGACUCUCCAGGUGAGGCAUUUAAAGGACAUUCUGUGUUUUUUUUAUUGUGUUUAACAAGUGAUAUGGAACCGCUCAAACCCAAACGAUGUGUGAAAUAUGCAGCCUUUCAUUCCCGCGUUGGAGGGCCUCAUUGGUGCGGUGUUGGCUCUCGGUGGAAGACGAGUGGCUUUUGUGUGGAUGACUCAGCACGUUUGUCAGCUGAGUGAAUCUCUGCAUUUGAAACAAUCAGAAAUGUCCAAGGAGUUCUUGUCAUAGACGAGAAGACACACUAUAUGGACAAAAGUAUUUGGACACAUUGCACCAACAGGGACUGUAAUACGGAGUUGGUCCCUCCUCUAAAAACAUGCCACGCUCACUUAGUCGAUUAAAUAUCAGUUUCUUCAAGGUGUGUCCCAUUUUUGUGGGGGCAAGAUUUACUACCCCUGUAACUCACUUCCAAGUGGCAAAAGGAUAGAAAACGGGUAAAAUGAGCAACAGGAUUGGGCCUUAGAUUUGUGAAUAAAAAAGAUGACACAAAGUCAGCGGGGAAGGACGCUCACUGCAGCGAGAACAUGGCCGCCACACUCAUGUUAAAAUAGAUUUAAGCCUCUUAAUUAAAUCUGCACCUGCUCAAGUCUGCAACACCUGCCACCGCUUUAUCUCACCAUUUUUCAGAUGGAGUAAACACCUCAUUGGGGGGGGGGUAAUAUUUUCAGUUCAUUUUUCAUUUUGGUCUCUUGAAGUGUUUCCUUUAAAUUUUAAUUCCAUAAACUGAGUCACCAUGUUUCCUUUUACCAGCUGAUCUACACUGAUGUGUGAGGCAGAUGUAAAUAUAAAAUGUAAACAUUUGAUUAGUCUGACUUUAACUUUUACUCAGUCAUGCGCAGCACUUCUGAACUGGUCCAGAGAUAAACACUGGUAUCUUGACUCUAAUGUAAUAUCUCAUUGUCUGUUUGCCGCCACCACCACCACCGCCGUGUGUACAGGGAGGUCAGAGGUCAUGGUGGGGUGCACCUUGGCGCCUCCUCAGCUGCUGUAAAUAUCUCCUAUGUUGAACUACUUCAGAAUGGCUUAUUUAUUACGUGUUCAUGGACAAAUAUGGUGUUCACUGGAUUGAUAUGAAGCUCAGUGUCUCUCGUGUACAGAUCAGCUCUCUCUUUUAUCCAGCAAUAAAAGUUGAGUGAGUAAACAACUUGCAUCUGACACCCUUUGUAUGUACGCUUUUGUUUUUAGUUUUUUUUCUUGGCAUAAAACAUUUAUGGUUGUAUUUAAACACUUUCUUUUCUCACUCUCACACACUCUCUCUGGCAACGCUCCUGGAGGUAAAUCGUCUCGGGUCUCUUGUCUCUUGUCUCUCGUCUCUACAGCGUGUAAAUAUUGCUGGACGUUUGGCAGCGUCUCAGACACUGCAGGCUCAAAAUAUAUCUGCUGGGUCACACUGGCUCUGUGGCAGGGACUUUACGGUCAACAUGUAAAUAAUGUGUCGUCUUCUUCUUCUUCUUCGCCAUGGGAACACAACUGAACUCUUUCCAUGGAGGGAAACAUGU